AUGGAGGAGGCAGGUGGGCCCCUGGCUCGGGCUGAGGCCCGAGUGGUGAGCGCCACAUUAAUGUGGCGACAGCGGCCCCCUGCUCAGGAAGAGACCAGACAUCAGUUUCAUAAGGUGUCCCUGGUGUCAGCGGCCCGGAUGGAAGCCGACCGGGAGGACCUGUACAGCUACCGUCGAGAGGAAAUCAAUGGCUUCGAUGUAUGGGAAGAAGAAACUGUGAAGAACCAGGGCCCCCAGGAUGGGCCUGGCUCCAGGAGCUUUGAGAGUCAUACACCCGUCUACUCCAGGAAGUACUCACCGCCCACUAAGGAGAAAAGGCCAGUGGGGAAGCCCAAGGAGGCCAUGGGUCAGAGUGACGGCAGCUCCCCGGACCCCAGGACUCAGGCCCCGAGCCUGGGAGCCAUGGCCAAGACUGAGCUUCUGGUGCCCCUGCAUGGGCCCCGUGAGCCCAGCCCCCACCCAGGUGUGAGUCUCCUCAGUGGGAGCCGCCAUGAGGUGCGGCAAGUGACACGCACUGUGCGGACCACCACAGUGGUGGGGGGGCAGGUGGACCGGCGGGUGAGCAGCUCUGUGACUGUGGGGUCCACACCAGGAGAGGCCCUGCCAAGGGGUCGCAACACUGUCCGCACGGUGCGGACAGUGGUCGUGAGCCCCCGGGCGGAGGGCUCGCCCAGCCACAGUCAGGCCAUAGAGCUGCUAAGUAGCCUGGUGCCUGCUGAGCGUGGCUCCCCUGCCAGCCGGCUUCCCCGGCCCACGGCUGUCGUGCCAAGGAGCCCGGGUCUGAGCAGCACAGCAGGAGCCAUCCUGGGGCAGCUGGAUGAGACAGGGACAGCAGAGCCAAAAGACAGAUCUGCCCUGGCCCCUGUGGGGAUCCUGGAGGGUGGCCACCUGCCUCAGGACCAGGAUCUCCUUACAGCCCACCCAGAUCAAGGCCAGGGCAGAGCCCUGGAUGCCAGGGCCCAUGAGACCCCAAGGGUGCAGGGAGGGUCCUGCUCCAAGCUGCUCCCUCACUAUUCCUCCCAGGGCCACACACCCAUACCCUCCUCACCCAGACUUAAAAGCCGUCACUCUUCCCUGGAACCGGUUCCCCUCCCAGAGCAGCCUGUGGUGCCCACUCAUCCCAGGACCCUGUUGACUGUUGAACCCAGGGGACUCCAGACCCUACCCUCUAUUAAAAGGGAAGGGCUCACAGAGCCCCCUGCUACCACCAUCCUGCCCAGGGUGAAGAUCGAGGUUGUUACAGUUCCUGAACAACCUCUUGCUCCAUCCUCUGUAAGAAAGAAGGCUGUCUCCAGCGUAAGGGGUCUCUCUGAUCCAUCUUCCCCACAGAAUAAGGUUUUUCAGGACUCUGAAAAUGUCUCUGUCUUCUCUAACCAGAAAGAGAUAGUACAGGGCCCUACUGACCUAACCCCCUCCCGGAAAGAGGUUGUCCAGGAUCCUGCUAAUUUCUUGGAUACCAGGCCUGAUGCUCCUACUGCCUCAUCCCCCAAGCCGACCAAGGUCGUCCAAUGCCCAGAGGGCAGCCCUAGCUCUCCCGAAGAGGUUAUCCAGGAUUUUGAAGGGCGCCUGGCCACUUCCCUGACUGAGGAAGAGACUGUUCAAGAUCUGCCUGAUUCUGUUAUCCCAUCUCCCAAACAGGAUAAGGUUGAUCGGGGCUCUGAAGGGAGCCCCACCUCAUCUCCCACUCAAAAAGAGGAUGUCCAGGGUCCUGCUGUUCUCCUUGUUCCCCCCUCUGUGGACAAGAUGCCUCCCAGCCCAGGGGAUGCCUCUGCCCCCGUGUCAGUGAGAACAGAGACCAACCUGAGGUCCCAGCUUGUCGCUGACUCCACUGAGGGCAAGACUCUUUCAGAGCCAUCAAUGGAGGAGGAGGAGGUGGCUCUGACCAGUGACUUGGAGAUGUUCCUGGAUACCCUUCGGAACAUGGACACCCCAGAGAUCCUUCGCACUCAUCGACUGCCACGGGCUCCACGCUCCUCCUACCUAGCCAUGUAUGCCACGCUGCCCGCCAUUGAGGAGGAUCAGUCUGUGCCGUGGGUGUUGGGACCCGGUCCUCAACUGGACGUGCCAGCACUGGAAGAGAAGGAGGAGGAGGAAGUGGAAGAGAAGGAGGAAGAAAUAGAGAACCCCUAUCUAAGCAGUGAGGAGAAGCUGCAGCACAAGCAGGAGAAAGCUGAGCCCAGCCUCCCCUGGGAGUCCCGCUCUGCCAGGUCCCCCCAGGUCUUUUGCUCCCCCCUGGAAAUGAUGAAGAAGCAUGUAGCAGGCGCCAAAGGCCCCCACCCAGAGCUGGGGCCAGAUUGGCAAGCCAGCAGCAGGCCCAUGUCCCGCCUUGGAGGCAGCCUUCUCUUUAGCAGUCUGAUGUCUACCAGCAAGGAGACAUCUGCCUUGGAGCCCCUGGGCAUAAAACUCUCCGCUCUGCCACCCCACAAGCCACCGGGGCUCAAGAAGGCACCAGGACAGCUGACUCUGCUCUGCAACGACAGGCCACCAGCGGAGGAGACUGAAUGUCCCCAGCCCCUGGAGGGGUGGAGCCCAGCAUUGAAGACCCAGACCAAGCUGAACACCAGGCCUGGCAAGAUGGUCCUCUUCUCAGAGCCCGGUUGCCGAGGCAGCAGCAGGGAGGUCUGGGAAGACGUUACUGAUGCCUCCGCCUGGGCCCGUGUAGCUUCUGUAAAGGUCAUUCGCGGCUGCUGGAUACUCUAUAAAGACCCAGAGUUCCAAGGUCAGAAGCUGGUCUUGCCUGAAGGAGAUGCAGAACUCGGAGCCAGUGGGUCAGCGUGGAGCACCCAAGGCAUCGGGUCCCUGAGGAGGGUUGUCCGGGACUAUGCUACCCCACAGAUCACCCUGUACUCUGAGGAGGGCCUCAAGGGGGAGCAAGUGAAGCUCACUGAAGCCUUGGAGGAUCCCCAGUGCCUGGAGGGGGCCCUGCAGGUGGCGUCUGCCACUGUCUCUGCAGGACUGUGGCUGCUGUACCCCAAGCCCUUCUUUGAAGGCACCCCCUGCAUCCUGGAGCCUGGAGAAUACCCCUCCUCAGAGGUCUGGGGUAUUCCAGACCCCAGCAUGGGCUCACUGAAGCCCAUGAAACUGGGUUGCCCAAGUGUGGAGAAGCCAGGGGAGCCCAAGGCCGUGGUAUAUGAGUCUCCAGGCUUUCAGGGCCGCAGCUGGGAAGUGAGCAGAGACAUCUACAACCUUCAGCAGCCAGAGGACAGCCAGAGCCCCCACCUGGACUCAGUGGGGUCCCUUCGAGUUCUGGGAGGCUGCUGGGUGGGCUACGAGAAGGAGGGCUUCCGAGGACACCAGUAUCUGCUGGAAGAAGGGGAAUACGCUGACUGGUCACACUGGGGAGGCUAUGACGAGGUGCUGACUUCCCUAAGGGUCAUCCGGACGGACUUUGGGGACCCGGCUGUGGUGCUAUUUGAGGCCAUGGACUUCGAGGGGCACCACGUGGAGGUGAGCGAGGCCGUACCGGACGUGGAGCUGGCGCGCUACGGCCCCCACACACAGGCCAUCCACGUGCUCAGCGGCGUGUGGGUGGCCUAUCAAGAGGUGGGCUUCUGCGGGGAGCAGUACGUACUGGAGAAGGGGGUGUACCGCAACUGCGACGACUGGGGCGCGGGCAACAGCGCCCUCGCCUCGCUGCAGCCGGUCCUGCAGGUCGGGGAGCACAAUCUGCGCUUUGUUUCAAAGAUUCAGCUUUUCAAUGGCCCCGACUUCUUGGGUGAGCACAUCUCCUUCGAGGAUGACCAGACCUCUCUGCCUCUCUCCUUCCAACCCCAGUCCUGCCGCGUUCACGGUGGCAGUUGGAUCCUGUUUGAUGAGCAGAAUUUUGAGGGUAACCAGCACAUUCUCUCUGAGGGCGAGUUCCCCACUCUCACGGCCAUGGGCUGUCUGACCUCCACAGUCCUGGGCUCUCUCCGGAAGGUGCCCCUGCACUUUUCAGAGCCCUCCAUUUUCCUGUAUGGUCUGGAGUGCUUCGAGGGGAAGGAGAUUGAGCUCCACGGCGAGGCCCGGAGUCUGCAAGCAGAAGGCUUCAAUGACCAUGUGCUGUCUGUGCGCAUCAAGGGCGGCAGCUGGGUGCUGUGUGAGCACAGUGACUUCCGGGGGCGCCAGUGGCUGGUGGGCAGCUGCGAGAUCACCAACUGGCUGACCUACAGCGGGACCCAGCGCGUGGGGUCCCUCUACCCCAUCAAGCAGCGCAGGGUUUAUUUCCGCCUCUGGAAUGCAGCCCUGGGGGGAUUCCUGGCAGUGCCGGACCACGUGGAGGACAUGAAGGCGGGCCGUGUGGUGGUCUCUGAGCCUCAAGCCGGAGGUAGCUGCAUUUGGUACUAUGAAGAUGGGCUGCUGAAGAACCAGAUGGCCCCCACCAUGAGCCUACAGGUGAUUGGGCCCCCCAGCAUGGGCUCCAAGGUGGUCCUGUGGGCUGAGAGCCGCCUGCCACGCCAGACCUGGAGCAUCAGUGAACUGGGCCACAUCUGCAGUCAGAUGUUCGAAGGCCAGGUCCUCGACGUGAAGGGUGGCCGUGGCUAUGACCGGGACCACGCUGUGCUGUGGGAGCUGGCCAAGGACAGGGAGUCCCAAAUCUGGACUGUCCAUGUGCUUUGAACUUUCCUCCAAACCCCCAGCCCUGGAGGCUUUCCCUGGGGUGAAAUGUUUUUAUAAAUUUUUUUGUUGUAAUAUAAGAUAUUUUCUAAUAUCUCUCCAGGUA